UGGGGCGUGGCCUCGGGACAACCCCGGCUGGGUGCACCGGAGCCAUGGCAGGCCUGGUGGACUUCCAGGACGAGGAGCAGGUGAAGUCCUUCCUGGAGAACAUGGAGGUGGAGUGCAACUACCAGUGCUACCGCGAGAAGGACCCUGACGGUUGCUAUCGGCUGGUGGACUAUUUGGAAGGGAUCCAGAAGAAUUUUGAUGAGGCUGCCAAGGUGUUGAAGUUCAACUGUGAAGAGAACAAGCACAGCGAAAGCUGCUAUAAACUGGGGGCCUAUCAUGUGACUGGGAAAGGUGGAGUGAGCCGAGACCUAAAAGCUGCCUCCAGCUGCUUUCUGAUGGCUUGUGAGAAACCAGGAAAGAAGUCUGUCGAAGCAUGUCACAAUGUUGGUCUCCUUGCACAUGAUGGACAGGCCAAUGAAGAUGGCCAGCCUGACCUGGGGAAGGCCAGAGACUACUACACAAAGGCCUGUGAUGGUGGCUAUGCCCCUAGCUGCUUCAACCUCAGUGUCAUGUUCCUGCAGGGCACCCCUGCUUUUCCCAAGGACAUGAGCCUGGCUAGUAAAUAUUCCAUGAAAGCUUGUGACCUGGGCCAUGUCUGGGCCUGCGCCAAUGCCAGCCGCAUGUAUAAGCUUGGGGAUGGUGUCGAUAAGGAUGAAGCUAAGGCUGAGGUGCUAAAAAAUAGGGCCCGGCAGCUGCACAAAGAACAGCAGAAAAGCGUCCAGCCCUUGACGUUCGGGUAGUGUGGCCCACUUUCCCUCCAGGCAACAAAUAGCUUGAUGCUGGCACCUGUUUCCCAGCUCUUGAAAGUCAGCCUACUGGAGCAGGACAACCUGAGACUUGAUAUUAGCAGCACUGGCUAUAUGGAUCCAUUGCUCUAGAGUGUUACCUUCUGGGGUGUACCCUGCAAUGUUUA